GAGAGUAUGUUAAGUGUAUAUAGUGAUGCUGGGGAAGUGAACUAUGGUAAAAUACCUGUUACUGGUGAAAUGUUAUUUGGUUUAGAUUUUAACCGCGAAUCUGGUGAAUUAAGAAUAGAUAUACAGGAAUGUAAAAAUAUAGCAGCAGUUGAUACCAAAAAUAAACGCUCAGACCCAUAUGUUAAAGCAUAUUUACUACCAGAUAAGUCCAGAAAUGGUAAGAGAAAAACAAAGAUAAAGAAACAUACUCUGAGUCCUGUAUUUAAUGAAGUAUUGAAAUAUAAUAUAUCAGAAAGUGAACUAUACAGUCGUUCAUUGUGGUUAACGGUAUGGCAUAAUGAUAAAUUUGGAAGAAAUGAUUUUCUUGGGGAGGUUCUCGUUCAGUUCGAGAAUUAUAAAUUUACUGAUAAUAGUCCGAGAUGGUAUCCAUUACAGGAAAGAGUAAGUUCCGAAGAUGAAGGUCCGCCAUAUAAAGGUGAUUUAGUACUGUCACUAUCAUAUGUAACACCAGAUUCUCUAUCAAAAAAUGCUGUGGUGAAGAAGAAGAAAAAGAAGUCGGGACCUAGUAAAGGAGAACUACGUGUAAUGGUAAAAGAAGCCCGUAAUUUAACUGCUUUACAUUCUAAUGGUUCAUCUAAUCCUUUCUGUAAAGGAUAUUUGUUACCGGACACAGCUAAGGUGAGCAAACAGAAGACAAAUGUGAUAAAGAAGGAUUGUUCUCCAGCAUGGAAUCAGGUAUUUUUAUUUGAAGACGUAGGAUUAGAUGAACUACCAGACAAAAGUCUAGAGCUGACCGUAUGGGACCAUGAAUCACUAUCGAGUAAUGACUUCUUAGGUGGUAACAGAUUUAAUCUGGGAACAGGUCGAUGUGAAGGUAAAGAAGUUGAUUGGAUGGAUGCUAGAGGUGAAGAAAUACUGACAUGGGAGAAUAUCAUGGAGAAUCCUAAUACCUGGGUAGAUGUGACUAUAGCACUUAGAGCUACUAUGGGACAGAAUACAGUUAAGAAGUAAUAGAUUAGCUUCCACAGAUCAUAAUUUAUUAAUACUCUUCACUUCUAUUUAUUUAAAUAAACUGUGGUAUAGAAUAAGAAUUGUGGAGGGUGAAAUUUUCUCUCAAUCAUUUUACAUUUUUAAAGCGAUAUAGUUGUUGAAGUAAUUAUUUUGGCAGCUAUCACUUAAGAGAAUUGAAAUGGAAUGUCUAGUGUACCAUCAAUUUACUAUAAGUCCUGUCAAAUUUAACUGUUAAGCAGAUUAUUGUUUUGGACAUAAGUUACAACCAUCAAUGGCCUGUCCAUAUACCUACAGAUAGCUGAUAUCGAUAUACAGUAUAAUGUUUCAAUUUGUAAUGUGCAGAAGUAAGAAAUGAACAAAAAAUCUUUGUUUUGGAAUGAUCAAGCAAAUCAAUGUCUGUGGUUCCUGCAAUUCCACAAAAUACUAGACCAUAUUGUCUUGUGGGCAUUCAUGCUUUAUAGUAUUAGUGAUAGUGCUUCAAGGGGAAUUUUAGCAUUUAGAAUGAAAGGCUUGGCAUAGAUUUUGGUUUUCAUCUCUGUUUCCUAUUAAAAAGAUCUGUAGAGCAAAUGUGAAAUAAUUUUCU